AUGCUCAGAGGCAGCAGCGUAUCUACUACUGCAACCCCUGCGACCGGGCCCGUCACUCCAGUGACCAUGGGUCACCAGACCAGGGCAUCCAUCGAGGGGACAACAACCCUUUUACUUGUAAUGUACCUAAGGGCCCUGCGAGCCCGGACCCCUUACAUUAACACAGAACCGGUCAGGGAGAUGUGGUAGGAUACAGGGUGAGGGAAUGUAAACUAAAUAAACAUUUCUUUUUAAAAUUACAUUAACAAAAUAAAUAUAUAGAGAAAAAGAUGCUCGCUUCUCAGCCCACACAAACCUCUAUCCUACCUAGCAAACACUCUCUCACACAUACAAUACAUCCCUACUUACACAUACACACACUGCAUCCCUAAAAAGCCACACACACUGCAUCCCUACACAAAAACACACAAUGCAUCCGUACACACACACAAACUGCAUCUCUACUUACAAUGCAUCCCCAACACACACACGCUGCAUCCCUACACACAUACCCGUGCACACACACAGACACAGACAUUACUUACUUUACAGGGGAGAGAAUGACACACAUGGACAGGUUGGGAUGGAGAAAAUGACACACAUGAAGGGGCUGGGAUGGAGGGAAUGACACACAUGGGGAGGGAUGCGACAGAGGCAAUGAUACACAUGGAGUGGCUGGCGGUAUGAGACACAUGGAGGGGCUGGGGGGAGUAUGAGACGCAUGCAGGGGCUUGGGGAUGAGUUGCAUUGAGGGGUUGGGGGUUGGGGGAAGUAUUAGACGCAUGGAGGGGCUGAUGGGGUAUGAGAUGCAUGGAGGGGCUGGGAGGAGUAUGAGACGCAUGGAGGGGCUGAGGGGGUAUGAGUUGCAUGGAGGGGUUGGGGGGGUAAGAGACACAUGGGGGAGGGACAGGGACAUUUUCGCACCGGGGCACAGUGAUUUCUAGUUACACCUCUGCUCAGAGCUGUUAUGGCACCACUAGUGGAACCUACACGAUAUUAUGCAGGGGGUUUUAAUGAUAUGGAUGAUGUGUGUGUGCGCGCGCGUUAGACCUCCCCAUAGGAAAGCAUUAUUCAAUGCUUUCCUAUGGGGAUUUCGGCGACGCUGGAGGUCCUCAUGCAUAGAGUGAGGACGUCCAGCGUCGUUUAAAACACUUUUCGUGUUCUAAGAACACGGAAGUGCCUCUAGUGACUGUCUGAAGACAGCCACUAGAGGAGGACUUAACCCUGCAAGGUAAUUAUUGCAGUUUAUAAAGACUACAAUAAUUACACUUGCAGGGCUAAGGGUGGUGGGAGUUGGCACCCAGACCACUCCAAUGGGCAGAAGUGGUUUGGGUGCCUGGAGUGUCCCUUUAAGAGGUGAGUGACUAAAGCCUCUUACUAAACAACCCUGAAAUAGUGUGUGUUCUUGACAGGCCUUUCAUUGUGUUUCGGAGUGGUUUGACAUAAAUCUUUCUGUCACCCACAAACGACAUCCCUCCUCCGCUGCAUUGAUAAAACGGAAUUAAGACUUUUACAUUUUCUGCCUGCUCCAGCUCUCUCAGCCAAUCAGCGCUGUCCUGUAUGGCGCAAAACACCUUAGACAAUACAAACACUACAGAGAAGUAUAGUGUUGCUAAUUGUGUCCUUUUCAUAUGCUCUGUGCAAAUCACAUUGUCUAAACUGCUCGUCUCUCAUGUUCAUGCACGAUACACGCCUUUUAUAGUAUUUUUUUGUGUUUUAAUAAAAAUAUUAACAUUUUAUCUGUCACUGGUAUCUGUAACAGACUUUGCUUUUUUGCAUUGUUUGUUAUGUUGUAUCUACAAUCCUUCCUAAAAAGUUAUUCAGUGAGUGAUUCCAUCAGCGUGAAUAUGGAUUUUCUCUCAAAUUUUGUAGCUUUUCACAAAAUCUCAUUUUCUCCAGUUUAGUAGAAUACAUAUUGUACUGUUUUUUUUUAUUGUUGUUGGUGUUUUUUUUUUCUGUUGUUAUUUGUUUUUUCUUUUUGUUGGUAAUUUUCUCUUAUGCAAAUCUAAAGAACUUUAAUUUGUAGAUGCAGCACCUUGCUCCUCCCUCUUAGUCUUUGGUAACCCAACACUUUACCCUUCUCCAUUCAGAAAAAAAAAUGCCACAAAAUAAUUUGUUUCUUUGUUUUAUAAAUUUAGAAACAAUAAUUGAAAGCUGAUUCUGCACAGGGCCAGGUGUUUUGUAUUGGCAGCUUGCUCCCUAAUGACUUAGGCUCUCAUUGAGCAGCUGCCUGCCUUGUCCCUUUGUAUGAGCCAUUGUUAAAGCACACCCCUCCUUCAUGCACAUGCUGCCUGGGGCAGGCCCUGGGAAUCAAAUCAACUUGCUUAUCUUAGGAGCCUACAAACCUGACAGAGUGGGGAGGCUGCCUUACAUCUGCUUGAGCUCAGUAAUUGUGAGCCUGCUGCUUUGCCAUUGGCUGCCUCUCUGCCCAGUAAUAGGUUAAGCAGAGACAUUGUAACUCCAUCUGUCCAACAAUUCAUUGUUCUGUGUGUGACUGCUUGCUUGGAAGCCUUGUACCUCAAAUUGUAUGAAGGACUUGCUGCUAAAACUGCUACUAAAAACCCAAUGUCUCUCUGUUCCCCACCAAAAGUAAGUGCACGGAUUUUCAAUGAUGUAUUAAAAUUGUGAUUUUCUUUUUUUAAUUGUGUUCGCUUUAUUGUUUAUAUUGUUUAUAUUUCAUUCUUUCUAUUUUUUCAUAUGAUAAAAUAAAAAUAAAUGAUUGCACAGUAUUUGGUUACAAAGGAUACAUUAUUUCCUGGAGACCCUUGUUUGUAUGCAUUAUAUUAUGUCUGUAGUUCUUGUUUUUCACAAAUCAUAUUCUUGGAUGCUGUGUGAAGGCAGGUGCAAGGUGCUUGGUUCUGUUUUGAUUUAAUCUAUUUGGUCCUUUUCUGUUUAGUUGAAAUAAAAAUGUCUGUACAGAAAUUGCCCAUCAUCCUGGUUUUCAAAGCAUUAAAAGGCUGUGGAAAAUCUUUGUAGAUAUGAAUCAAAGUUAAUUGAACUAGAAUGAUUGUAGUUGAUAUUUAUUACUCUAUGUUAUAAAUCUGCUUUCUGCCUACCACCAAUAAUAGUGAUUUAUAAAAAAUAAAUGUUUUCAUUGGAUCUGAAAGGGUUAAUGAGCUGAGCUAUGUACGGAGUUUUUACAUUACCCAUGAGUGACAGGUAGUACAUUAUGUUCUGUGUGCAGAUAUUGAGAUGAAUUUUUUUUUUAACUCUCUCCAUGUGAUUUCACACUGAUAGCAUAAAAGAAGCUGUGCAUUUAUGCAUUAAUGAUUAUAAGCUCUUUGGGCGAAGAAUGAACUUUCCUCACUCUGUAUACUGAUAUAUUCUAUAUUUUUUUACAUAUAAAGCAUUAUCCUGUCCUAUUUCUGGAGGUUUUUUAUAUGCAUUCCUAUUUAAUAUCAUAAUUAUAAUUUUAUUAAUUUUUUUUGGUGUGGGGCACUUACUGCUUGUCUGAGUGUUUAUGUACAGAUUAUAUUAAAUAAAAUCAUUGCUAUUUUCAGUUUAAAAUGUGUAUUUGUAUAUGUAUCUAUACAUAUAUAUGAGUUUUAUAUAUAAAUAUGUAUGUAUAUGUUGGUAUAUAUAUACAUAGUUAGUGUGUGUGUGUGUGUGUCCCUCUAUAAUCUGUUCUGUGCACACUUCCAAUGCACAGCACAUGUACAUGCCCGUCUCCUUUCUGUGUGUGUAUAUGCAAAUUACUUUGCAUUCACAAUGCACUCCUUCGAUUAAAGCUUCAGAUUUGCUUUUAAAAGGCAACCAAAACCUCAAGGGUCUUUUGAGGCCUAACUUAGCAGAUGAAGCCGCUGUACAAAGGGUUAAAAGAAAGGCAUCACUCGGACCACAUGCCCCAUUAUUUGAACAUAUGCAUUAGUCUAUUGAAAGUUUUCUGGAGAUGGCCAGGCCACCAGUUGCUGAACUCCUGCAGCUCCAGGAGACAUCUGUUGCCCCAGAGUAUUAACCAGUACGUUCAAUGGGACAUCUUUUCUUUGUUGGAUGAAGGUUUUGCAGACAACAGCACUCGCUGGAAUACAAUGGUAAUUAAAUACACAGAACCAGUGCCAGGGGUAUUUAUUACAUAUUCAUUAUUCUAACCGCAUUGUCCUUGAACAUUGGAUAAAUGCAUGUACCAAGAAAAGCUGUCAUGCUGUAGAUCUAAACUGAAUUAAGAAUCAGGAAAACACGAUGAUUGUAAAAAUGUAAAGGUUUGGGAUUUUAUAUUCCUUUAUAUUUUUUAUACCCCCCCACCCACCACUUAUUUAUUUUGAUGCAAUAAACCCUUUUUAAACAGGUGAUGGAAUAAACCAGGAUUAAACAUGUACUUUUUAUUGUUGAAACUUUGUGCAUCAAUGUAUGGGACAUCCCUAGGAGGGACAGUGGGGGAAAGUGACUAAACAUCGAAAUGUGGGAAAUUGAAAAUGGAAUUGCUAGAAUACCUGAAAUGGGAAAGAAAAAUAUCCAACAAAUUCUGCCAAUUCUGCUACUUUGGUCUAAAAGUUGUAAUCCCUUUAUAAUCCUCUAUGAUUACUGGUUUAGUGAAUUAACAGUUUCCUAGUCCUUAUCUAAAUUUCUAAUCCAAUACAAUUUUAAAAUAAAAAAUAAUAAAUGCAUUUAGUUAUGUUGGGCCCAGCUGCAAACACAAAGUACAAACGUUACACAAAAAUUUAACCCCUUAAGGACACAUGAGGAAAUAUUCCAUCAUAAUUCCCUUUCAUUUCAUAAAUUGUGUUCUUAAAGAGUUAGGGAAGGAUCCGUUAUAACAUUUUGAUUGACAUAUGUAGCCCCUUUGAUCUAUAAUGUAUACAAUAUGUUCAACCAGGAAAGCUGUAUUGAUACAUGCAUGUAAUUAAUCCUUGCAAUAUUUUCUAAACACUUAGCUUUCAUUUGUUGCAGAACUGUUCUCUGCAGCCAGUGAGCAUGCGCGUCCUUGUUGGUGCUGGGAAUUGUCCAAUUAAAUGCUUCUCAUAGAAAAACAUGGAUACAUUUUUAAGUAUUUUUUAUGUGUCCAUUACAAUGGUGGCUUGGUAUAUAAAGCCAUGUAUAUUAGGCACAGCCAUUGGAUGAGGUUGAUUGGACUUGUAAUCCACUAAAGCUAUUAGAUGUAUUUAUUAACUUUCACCAUAAUUAGACAGAAUCUAAACACAAGAGUCGUAGUAAAGCAUGGGCAGGAAACUUGUUUUAACUAAUUUGAUGAAAAACGAAUUGGCUUGAGUGGCACAAUGUUGUGUUUUGGUGGUUGUUGCCAAUUUGUGUUUUUCCUUUAUAAGGAUAAUUAAAUUGCCUCGGAAUGGAACCAGGUAAUUCACCCUGCUAUUGGUAGCCUAUACAAGGCACCAAGAGUCAGCAUGCAAACAUUGAAUAAAAUGUAUGUUGACAGCCAGGAAGAGAGUGCUCCAGUAGGCUGAUUGACAUCUUAUGAAGGCAGCCCUACUUAUCUCCAGAAUUAAAGGGAUUAAAGGGACACUGUAGGCACCCUGACCACUUCAGCUCAUUGAAGUGUUAUGGGUGCAAUGUCCCAUGUCCCUUAACCAUACAAUGGUAAUUAUUGCAGUUCUGAGAAACUGCAAUAAUUACUUUUGAGGGUUAACUCCUCCUCUAGUGACUGUCUACCAGACAGCCACUAGAGGGACUUCCUUUGUUCCGGUAUCUGGCGUUGGGCAUCCUCACGUUCUGCUUGAGGACUUCCAGCAUCAGAUUUUUCCCACUGAACAACGCUUUCCUAUGGGGAAAUCCUAAUGCGAGCGCAGCCAUUGCCGCGCAUGCGCAUUAGGUCUCCCCCGCCAGCUGACAUCGGUGGGCGAGGAACAUGGGGGGAGCCUGACCCUGCUCUGAGAGACAUCUGUGCUGGAUUCAGGUAAGUGACUGGAGGGGAUUUAACCCAUUCAGUGCCGCAGGAAGGGGGGCGCAAGCGAAGGGGGCCUUAUUCUCACAAAGCAUGUAGUAGCAUAUGGGGUUUUGAAUAUGAAUGUAAACACAGCCACGUGGAUUCUUUACAGAGCCUGGAGGAAUGCAUUGUAGCAAAUCAGCAUUUGCCUCUCUAAUUUGACACAAAUUGAGACUCAAUAGCUUAAUAUCCUCUGGCAACAAACUCGUUGAGAUACCUGUUCAUGUUCAUCAUACAACAUUUAUCAUCAGAAUCUUAUUACUUAAAUAUAUUGUGCAGCUCUGUUGAUCUCUUCACUGCCAGAAGCAUCUUCUCUCUCCAUGCUGUCUGUAGACGUAUCCUGCUAAUAUAUCGCAGGGCGAACAUAUGGUAGUUUUCCGAGCCAUGCUUUAUGUCUGUAGAUUUGCAGUGUUAUCUGUUUUUUUUUCUAUUUCAAGAAGAAAAUGCAUGAGCUUGCCUUGUUAUGUUUUACGUCUGUGGACUUUCCAUGAUAUCCUGGUUUGCAAAUAUACAGAUAGAGCACGGCUAGACAAAAUCCCGUAUGUUCUUCCUGCAAUAUAAACCCUGGAUUCAUCGUACAGGCCUGCGUAAUCUGUUGGCGCUUUAUAAAUUAUAACAAUAAUAACACUGGAAGUCUUCAGAGUUAUCCCGAUUGCAAGUCAAGCAUGCGCAAGAUGUAUUUGAUGAUGUACUGUGGGGAUUUUCCAUGCUGCAUUGGUUUGAAUCUUGUUGCAUGCAAUAGGCAAGCUGAGAACGAGAACACGCUGUUCUAAGAGCAGAAGAAAUGAGUUGGUUCCAGUCAGUAGGAAUGGAGAUAUGGAGGCCAAUUGUUUUAAUUACCACUUGAAGUGAUCUAGCUGUCAUCAUGAAGCCAUGUAGGUCUAUGUCCUCCUGAAUUCAUCAGAUUAGAUUGAAGGGAUUUCCAAUCUCCUUGGCAGGUCAGAACUGUUGGCAAGUGUCCUGUCCAUUGUAUCCAAUGUUAUACUAGGCAAUUCAUUCUUACAGUUCUCGUUGGUAGGUCAACACUUCAGGUCUUGUAGUAUAUAUAAGCAUAGGUCCCCCAGUCAUGGUUUGUCUAUGUUUUACCUAGAUAUUGGAAUUCCGUUUUCAGUUCACUAAAAUAACAGUAAAGACGUGAUAUAUUCGGUUGAAUCAAGCUAAGUACCUAACUACAUGGAACGUUUAACUGGUUCUCUUGACAAAGCCUUUUGUUUUUGCCUAGUUUUUGUUUGUUUGUUUUUUGUUUUAAUACUUUAAUAUUCUUUAUUGAUAGACGUUCAUUAAGUAAAUAAUUUACCAAAGAGCAGUAGUAACAUAAAUUAGACAAAUUAGAAAUGUAAAUCAAUAUGGUAAGAAACGUAGAAAAGCAGGUUCUCUGGAGAUGUGGACAAUACGUAUGUUUCACAAUGGAAUAAAGAAUCGUUUUUAUAGACUUUUCCUAUCUUCUUUUUCUCCAUUACUGCUGCUUUUCCGCUCCGUAUGUGGGAAUAUGACUCACAACGCUGCAAAUAGAGGACUAUUUAAGUAUACCAUCAAAAUAAGCGAGCGCAACCCCAUGAUGAUUCUUUCUGAUGUCUCAAUAAAAAUUGUCAAAUUGAAAAAAAGUAAGCGAGCACACACACGGAUAUUCUACAGCAUUAAUGCAGCCACAUGUGUGAAAGAGUUUUUGUGGAUUGUUGUUUUUUUUUAUUAUUCAAGGAAAACAAUCUUCGAAGUGAUAGUUUAUAUAAUAGGGGGGUUUUUUUGCAUGUAUUUUAGCACUGGAUAUACCAAUGCUCAUUGGAAGUUUCAUCAUGACUAAUUAUGCAGAGAUCUUAAUGCUCAUAUUUGUUCAUAAUGAGCAUAAUUUAUGUGUUUAGAUUAAAGAGAUCCUAUUGUUCCAGGAAAUCAAACCUGUAUAUGGUAUAUGGCUCUUGGAGUGCCCCCCUUCCUCGGCGCUGAAAGGGUUAAAACGCCUUCAGCCACUUACCUUAAUCCAGCGCCGGGCUCCCUCUGCACCGGUGACCUUUCCUCCCCCGCCGACGUCAGCUCCUGAAUGGAGCCGAAUGUGCAUGCGCGGCCAGAGGCGCGCGCACGCAUUAAAAACCCUCUCAUAGGAAGGCAUUACUCAAUGCUUUCCUAUGGGGAUCUUUUUUGAUGCUGGAGGUCCAUGAGGACGUCCAGCAUCAAAUAAGUGUGAUUUACUCAGUGUAAAUCGUGGAAGCGCCUCUAGUGGCUGUCAGGGAGACAGCCACUAGAGCCUGGAUUACCCCUGCAGUGUAAACAUAUGUUUACAUCUGAGGGGUUAAAACUAGAGGGACCUGGCACCCAGAUGACUUCAUUGAGCUGAAGUGGUCUGGGUGCCUAUAGUGGUCCUUUAAAUCUUAGAGGGAAUAAGAUAACUAUGUAACUACAUGCAAGGACAAUACAAAGAGCUCUUUGGAGACCUGUUCAAUAACAGAACUGUACCAAAGACAAAAUGGUCAUCAAUUGAAAAAAGAUAAUUUCACACACAGCUACAAACAUAAUCCUCAAUUAAUAGAAGAAAAUACCAGGACAAACCUUACCAAACACAAUAUACAAGUAAGAGUGCUUCAUGAGAAGACAUGUUCGGCAACCCAACUAUUACCAGAGGAAAGAUCAAUGCAGGACUUUGAUAGAUAAAUCCAUAAAGCAGAUGAUAUGUUAAACAAUAUUUCUGUAGGUGAUAACUAAAUGUAUUGUUCUUUACUCCAUGGAAGGUUGAAUUAUCUGUUGACCGUGGUUGCAAUUAGUGAUACUUAAUAUGCUGAUACUCUUUGGGGAGGUCAUCUUCUUGGACAAUUUAGUGGAGCAGAAUUAUUUGACGUCCUUAUUGCAGAAAUAUAUAAUGCAUAGUGUGGUCACAUCAUGUCACAACAAAAAGUCAGAAUAUAGGCUUAAAGGAACUAGUGACUGAUCGGCAUUCUCGCUUUUACUGUGAUUCCUACAAAGCCCCAGUUAAAUCAUUGAGUACAUUUUCAUUCAUUUGUACUGAACAACCCUCAUUUUAAGCUAUAUUUCCAGAAUGUGCCCAUUAGUGAAAAGCAAAAUGUAUUCAAAUCAUAAUAUGGAAACAACUGUGCGGAUGAAAAGUUGCAUUAUGAAGAAAGGGCAAGAGUAAGCUAGGGAUACAAAUUUAAUUAGUGAACACAAAGCAUUCGAAAGGUCUUUCACUCAGAUAACUUCUUACCCAGCACACGCAACAGGACAGACAUAAAAGACAGGAUGUCCCAUGAAGUGGAAGGUAGUUUCACACAUGUGGACUCAGAGAUGAUAUCUUGACUUGGUGACUCUCUAUACACAAAUUACCUGAAAGCAGUGUACCAACUGCAUUAGAAAUGAUCAAACGAUAUCUGUAGAGCUAGGUAGAACAGCCAGGAUGAUCCACUGGAAGUAAAUUAAUGUUCUGGAAAACCUUCAUAUCCCACCAGUACGUGUGCGGUCAGAAUGCAUUUUUGGCACUGUUUGUAUUGUUAGUGACUACUAAACAUUUUUUUUUAUACAUAAACCUGCAAUAAAAUGACACUUCCACCUGGACAUGACACAUUUUUUUUUUAAAUCUAGCCAAUAGGCUGAUAAUAUGCAAACAUAUAUAAUUAUACUAAAAGUUAAAUAUAAAUAUUUCUAAAUGACAGUCAAUCACAAAACAGCAAUACCCUUACCCACCUCAACGGACAACAGGGGUAUUGUUAUGGUCCCUGAGGAAGUCUAUUUGGUUAACGAAACGCACAGGACCAGACUUAUUUAAAUGUAAUUUUAAGAUUUUGAUAAAUUACCACAUCUUAAUUUCCUAUGUUCGAAUGGAGUAUCUUUUGGCUACAGACAAGGAGCUAGAAGGUGGAGACUAAUAGCCCGUCAUACAUUGAAGGGAGUCGCCAGUGAGCUCAUAUAAUUCUAUAUAUUUUGUGAGUGCAAGAUUUCUAAGCUGGUGCGAUUUACAAGUAACAGUAUUAUGCUAUGUGCAUUUUUAAAUAUGCAGCUGUAAUCCUUAAUAUUGUCUUUGUACAUAUAAUUAAUUGAAACAGAUAUUUCACUAGAAGAAUCUCUGUAGUACUCAAGAAAGGCUUCAGUAAUGUUAAGAAGCUGGUGUGUCUUGGGAACUUCUCUCUUAUUGAAGUAUGAAAGGUCCAAAACAGGUUUGGUUCAGCUGAGCUGUUGUAUGUUGCAUUAUUUAUACAGUGCCCUUAUUAAGUGAGGUGUAGAAAAAAAAUGUAAUGCAUAUAUUACCAAUUAAACUCUUUAUGUGGCCUUAAAUGGGACAAGGCACUAAGAGAUCUCUGUAACGUGUAAACUUCAAGACACAUUACACCAGCAUUGACCACUCUAGGACUCCCUGGAUCUCUACCAUGAUGCUUCCUGACUGUUAUCAUAUGACUCUUUUGUAUUGUAUGAAUGUACAGUCCACGUACUGUAAGUAGAGUAAGACAAUUCAGCUGACACAUUCGUUUCUGAUCCAUGCAAUGAUAUACCUUACACGGAAACCGUGUAUUCAUAAAAAAAUUUCAGGUUCCCAUCUUAUGUAUAGUUGAAUACAAAAUACUUUUUCAGAGAACAUUGUUUCAAAGCUGUGGAAUGCAGGGGAGUCAUACACAGAGAGUAAGGAAUUCUAGAUCAGCAUGGGAGCAUGGGAGAAGUCCUAGAUAUGAGUAUGGGAGAAAGUACAGAACGGAAGAGUGGCACAAGUUCUGGUCAAAAUGAUGAGGAAGGGUUACAGAAUAUUUGUAGAUAUGAGUUGAUACAGGGGGUGCAGUGUUAGUUGAUUUUUGAGAUAUUGGACUUGGUAUGUUGGUGAUUUUGUGGUAUUAUCUACUACUAGAGAGAUUACAGGUGUUGGAGUUGAGGGGAAGCAGGUGUCACUAACCGCUUAUUUUUAGACAUAUUUAACUUUAAGUAUUUGAGGUGCAAUCCAGAGAGAUUUUAGAUAGAAAGUGUCCGACACCAUAUAGUAGAAAGGGUGAUAGGUUAGGAGAAGAGAGGAGAAGUAGAUGAGGGUGUUAUCAUUAUGGUAUUGAAAGUCAAGGUCAUUGUGACAUGGUAAAAUGCUAUGUUUAUUGUUGGGGAAGGAAGCAAGAUUACACAGGAUCAAGAAGAGAGGCCAAUGUCCAAAAGUGAGCUAAGCGAUUGUGGACUAGCCUCGCUAGUAAAUUUUAAGCUAGUUGGAGCAGAGAUAUAAGGUGGUAGUUUUCUGGGGCGGCAUGUUUCAGAGGGCUUCCUAAGAAUAGGUGUGAUGGGUGCAUGUUUAUAGGAAGUGUAAAGAUACAUACUGAAGAUGUGUGUUAAUGUGGGUAUUCGGCAGUAGAGAGGAAGAUAGCAGGUGUCAGCUGGGCAGGUUGUGAGAUUAGAAGAAUGGAGUAGAAACCACCUUAUUAUACAUCCAACAACAUUCUCACUCCUGCUGCAUCCAACUUUGGCACUCUGUUUUGAUUCCUACAGACAUUUAUCCGCAUUCUUCUAAGGGAAUAAGCCUGAGUGUGAUAUCACAGCUGGUUAGUUGUCACAUAUUCACAAAUAAUACAUGUGAUCUUGUUCAACAGCACUGUGGUGAUGGCUGUUGGGAUUGACUUAAACUCCGCCCUGAGUCUUAGAAAGUCAGGCGGAUGAGAAGUACAGCGAGUAGUCCCUAUUUUGUCUCUGUAUAUCUUUUGAUUUGGUUGGAAUGUAACUCCAAAUGAGUAUUUUAUAAUGAUUCUAUCUUUAUGAAAAAUGUAUUUUUCGGGGGUAGUGUGGGGUUAACAGUGUCGCUUUAACAUGCCGUCCAAUGGAACCUUUAUUGUGUAGAAUAUUUAAAGUUACAUGCGGAAUAUAACAAAGCUCUAGUCAUGUACAGGAACUUAAGUCAGUUGACUGUGCAGAAUCUUAAUAACGGCACAAACAGAUUGUGGUGUUGUAAAGCAUUUACAUGUAAGUAAAGACCCUGGAGUUGCCCUAAUGUGCACUGUGCAGCCAAACAAAAUUGUGAAAAUUGGAUGAGACACAUGGGACAACUUGCAUACAGGGGUCACUAGCACACAGGGGUUGUGGGCUGUGUUUUAUGCCACUUCUUUUGCUGAUUGCAUUUGCUUUUCUAUGUGCACAGUACUGCAUGAGUGAGACAGCAGGCAGGACGUCUACUGGUCCUUAGAUAGGCUGAUGUUAAGGCUGGCCCACUGGGAUAUUUAUCAGUGGACUGCAAUAUCUGAGGGUAUAAAAUCUAACGAAAAACACACAGUAAAGUAGAAAAUAUCGGCUGAGAAUAUCCGUUAUGCUGCAACUCCAAUAAAGAUUUAAAAGAAAUAAUAAUAAUUAAGUAAACAGUGGUUGUUUAAAAUUCUAUUUUCACCACAAUUCCAAAAAAGAACCGCAUUUGGUAAUCAGCAAGCUCCACAUCAUCUCCUCAAGGUAAAAUGUAUGAUAAAGCAUUAGGAUGAAUGUGAAAUGUGUUCAGAACCCACUUUGGGUAUUCAUAGCCCAUCUCACAGAUACUUGGAUAUGGGACUUUAAAAAUGUUUUUGAAUUUUUGGGGUAUGUUUAUGUUCAUUUGUUUAGCUUGCAAGAUACUUAUGACGUCUGUGUGUGUUUUUUUGUACAAUGUUGCAUAUUAUUCAAUACAACACUGGAUAAAUUGCAGGCAUAUACCUCUAAAUUAUAGUUGUGAACAGAAUAAUUUCAUUGAUGUUUGAAAGUGUAAACAGCUGAAAUAUAAAAAAAAAAUACAAGGUAUGUGGAGCCACAACAUUAAAACCAUUUACGGAAGAAGUAAAUAACAUUGAUUUUAUUGUUACAAUUGCACAUCUCAAGUGGUGGGAUAUAUUUGGCAGCUAGUGAACAGUCAGCUCUUGAAUUUCACAUGUUGGAAGAAGGAAAAAUGGGAAUGCAAAAAUACCUGAUUUACUUUGACAAAGAUCAACAAUUAUGGCUAGACGACUGGGUCAGAGCAUCUCCCAAAUUACAUAGUAUACAGUGGCUAGUACCUACCAAAAGUGGUGCAAGGAAGGACAACCAAUGAACCGGCGUCUGAGUCAUAGCAGCCCAAUGCUCAUUGAAGUAUAAUCCCACAGAAGAGCUACUGUAGCUCAUAUUGCUGAAGAACUUACUGCUGGCCAUGAUAGAAAGGUGUCAGAACACACACUCCAGUCAGAGUCCCCAUGAUGACUACUGUCCACCACGGAAAGCACCUUCAAUGGGAAUGUCAGCAUCCAAAAUGGAUCAUGGAGCAAUAGAAGAAUAGAAGAAGGCCAAUACAAACCAUUGUGUGGAAAUCUACUCACAAACAGGACUAUACAUAGAACACAAGGUCAUGCAUUUAGACUUGAAAAACAUAAUAUUCAAGGAUAUAAUUUUUUUAACUGUAGGGUAAAAGUUUCUUGAUCCAAGGAUAAAUCCGACUGCCAUUCUGGGGUCAAUAAGGAUUUUUUUUUCCUAGUUUGUUGCAAAAUUGGAAGUGCUUCAAACUGUUUUUUUUUUUUUUUGCAUUCCUUUGGAUCAACAGCAAAAAACAGAUGUGAGGAAUGCUAAUAUUCUGGGACACCUUGGGUCCUCACCUAUCUGUGGAUGUUACAUUGACACAUACCACCUAUAUAGAGAUUGUUUCAGACCAUGUACACCACUUUAUAGCAAUGGUGUUCCCUGGUGGCAGUGGUCUUUUUCAGCAGGAUAAUGCACCCAGCAUGUAAAAAUUCAGGAAUGAGUUGAGGAACAUGACAAAGAAUUUAAAGUGUUGCAUUGGCCUCCAAAUUCCACAGAUCUCAAUCCGACUGGGCAUCUGUGCGAUGUGCUGGAACAGCAAAUUCAAUUCAUGGAACUUCCACCUCGCAACUUGCAGGACGUAAAGGAUCUGCUGCUAAUGUCUUGGUGCCAGAUACCACAGGACAUGUUUAGAGGUCUUGUGGAGACAAUACCUCGCCGAGUCAGAGCCCUUUUGGCAGCACGAGAGUGAUCUUCACUAUAUAAGGCAGGUGAAUUUAAUGUUGUUGCUUAUCAGUGUAUUAUUAGAUUAUAUUAUUGAUGUUUAGCUGUCACUUUCAAUGCCACAGGCAAUAACCGUUCCGCACUGCUCUGAGAUGCAGCACUAAAAAGAGUUAAUAUUAUUAGCAUGGCUUAUUUGUAGCUUGUGAGGCAAUGGAACUUUAGAGAAUACUAAAUGGAGUUAUGGUUUCCAUGAUUUGCUAUGGAGCACUCGGACUCCAGACAGAACCCUUUUUUUUUAAAUAGUGUUGCAACAAUGCUACUCUAGUUAGUAAAUAGGAAUUGUGUUAUAACUUUGCUGCGAUGCUAGAAACAAAAAGGUCUGUCGAUCUCUAGCAAAUCGAGCUGUAUGUGGCAGCCUAGGUUGUGAUGUCAUUAUUUUAUAUACACCUACAGUACGGAGAACAUAAACACACAGUGAUCUCUUGAAUGAUGGCUAGUUUUUACUACCAUUACCAAAGAGGACAACAUCAACAAAUGUGUUGUGUGAAGAACAUCCUGACUGGAGUUAAGAGCCUGAAAAACAUCUCUUUAUGAUACUGGUAAAUAUAUAUAUAUAUAUAUUGUGGAUAAUACAGAUAUAUAAGAACAGCAUAGAGAUGUUCUCACAAAGCAAAGAGCGGAGAGAUUAAUGUGCAGUAAAGGCUAGCUAGAGAAACCUAAUACAUUCAACUUUCUUUGGAAAGUUUGUCAUUCUGAAAAGCUAAAGUGAUUGAACGCAUGGGUUCUGUGUGUCUGCAUGAUUUGCCUUUUUAUCUGUUUCUCAUGGAUAUUGACAUAAACUGGUUAAAUUUAUCCCUGGCAUUAUGUAUCUGUAGAUUUAUAAAGUACGCAGAUCUAUGAGACCACGCUUGCAACUGUUCGCGUUCUUUGAUGUCACAGAUCUAGGUACUGCUGAGGUGCUAAUAUAAAUUUCACACACAAGUAGGGUUCCCAUAGGAACCAACAUGAUUAUUUCAUAGCUCUGGCCACAUAUAGACACUACUUACUGCUGGACUCAACCUGUUACAAGCAUGUCCACAGCAUGUGCACUUCUGGUUUUACAUCACCGAUAUGGCGAGUCUACAUAGACGUAGAAAUUGACAUAUAUUGAUAACAAAGAUUGCUAAAGAGACAACUAAAAUAAACAUAUUUUUUCAUUAUAUUUUGGCACUUUGUUCAAAUGACGACAAUGGCACAAUGAGAAUAGAUUGACCUUUUGUAUGGCUUGUUGAUAGAAACAUAGAAUGUGACGGCAGAUAAGAACCAUUCUGCCCAUCUAGUCUGCUCAAUUUUAUAAAUACUUUCAUUAAUCCCUGGCUUUAUCUUAUAGCUAUUAUUUUUAAACCUUUGCCCCUCUAAUUUAAGACUAUGUCCUCUUGUUGUAGUAGUUUUUUUCUUUUAAAUAUAGUGUCCUCCUUUACUGUGUUGAUUCCCUUUAUGUAUUUGAUUCCCUGUCUCGUCUUUCCUUCAAGCUAUACAUGUUAAGAUUCUUUAACCUUUCCUUGUAAGUUUUAUACUACAAUCCAUGAACCAGUUUAGUAGCCCUUCUCUGAACUUUCUCUAAAGUAUCAAUAUCCUUCUGGAGAUACGGUCUCCAGUGCUGCCUACAAUACUCCAAGUGAGGUCUCACCAGUGUUCUGUACAAUGGCAUGAGCACUUCCCUCUUUUUACUGCUAAUAUCUCUCCCUAUACAACCAUGUAUUCUGCUAGCAUUUCCUGCUGCUUUAUUACAUUGUCUGCCUACCCUUAAGUCAUCUGAAAUAAGUCCCCUUAAAUCAUUUUUCUCAAAUGUUGAGGUUAGGACUCUAUCAAAUAUUCUGUACUCUGCCCUUGGGUUUUUACGUCCAAGAUGCAUUAUCUUGCACUUAUCCACAUUAAAUGUCAGUUGCCACAAUUAUGAUCAUUUUUCAUUUGCCAUUAGUGAUGUCCCGAACUAUUCGCUGAACUGUUCGCGAAUGGUUCGCCACGAACUCCGGUCAGCAGACACAUUCCAGCCAAUCAGCAGCAGACCCUCCCUCCCAGACCCUCCCAACUCCUGGACAGCAUCCAUUUUGAAGCUGCAUUCUUAGUGAGCUGUCCAGGAGGUGGGAGGGUCUGGGAGGGAGGGUCUGCUGCUGAUUGGCUGGAAUGUGUCUGCUGACCGGGGGUUCGUGGCGAACCGCGGCGAACCGUUCGGCGAACAGUUCGGGACAUCACUAUUUGCCAUUUCUCUUAUCCCUCCUGGAACAUCAGCCCUGUUACAUAUCUUAGUAUCAUCAGCAAAAAGACAUACCUUACCAUCAAGACCUUCUGCAAUAUCACUAAUAAAAAUAUUAAAGUACAGUGCCUGAGGUACCCCACUGGUGACAAAACCAUGCUUCGAAUUCAGCAAUAUUGGAAUCCAAACUUAAAGAUUGCAGUUUAUUGAUAAGCCUUCUAUGCGCAACAGUGUCAAAAGCUUUACUGAAAUCUAGGUAAGCAAUGUCUACUGCACCACCCUAUUAUUUUAGUUACCCAAUCAAAAAAAUCAAUAAGAUUAGUUUGGCAUGAUCUCCCUGAAGUAAACCCAUGUUGUCUCUGAUCUUGAAAUCCAUGUGAUUUUAGAUGUUCAACAAUCCUAUCCUUUAACAUGGUUUCCAUUACUUUUCCCACUACUGAAGUAAGGCUGUAGUUACCCGACUCCUCCCUACUACCUUUCUUGUGAAUGGGUACAACAUUCGCUAACUUCCAAUCUUCUAGGACUACAUAAAUAUGUUAAUGGUUUUGCUAGUUUUGAUGAAUUUUCCCAGCACCACAUCAUACGUUGGCCUUCUAUGUAUUAUUAUGAUAAAAAUAUACAUUUAAUUUUUAUGCCAACCCCUUAUAUUUUCAUUAACGGAUGGCUAUCAUUUUGCUGGGUUUGCAAUAUUAUGGUUACUUAGCGCUAUGCUUAAUAUGUUUUUGUAAGGUUUUAAAAAUAAAACUUAAAUGUAGAACUCUACAUCUCUACGUUUUUUUUCUUUUCGGUUUUUUUCUGCAACUGCAUCUUUGUCAACCAUCAUGUCAAUCAUUGUUAAAAGCUUGGUCCUCUGCACCUGCCACUCACCAUAGAGAAAGCACACAAAGAGGAAAAAAAUGCAGUGAUUCUAUUUUUCCUUCUCAUUUGCAAUAUUUGCCCUGGCUUUGCAUUGUGAAAAGUGGAUUAUGGUGUAAUUUGCUAAAUAUUAAAAAAAAAAAAAAACUUAAAAGAAAACUGAGCAUAUCAUGAAAAUAAGAGGUUAACACAAGUUAUAGGUAAUUUACAUUUUUAAUUCAAUGGUGUAAAUUCUAGAGAGUUCCCCUUUUAAAUAGAUUGUAAUAUUCAAAGGUUAAUCUUACUAGCCCAACUCACAUCUGCCUCUAUUAACAUUUAUCUUAACAAUGUUCAAUUGUGAGUCCACAAUUAGUGACUUUCUGGAGCCCCUUCCAAGACCAGUGACCUUGUUUAACCAGUGGCUUCUCAAUGCCACAGCAUGGCUAGUUCAGCUUUUUACUUUCUCUUUUAAAUUUUUGUAUUUAUUUAUUUAUUAACUUGCCUCUGUUUUUGGUCCACACAAAAUUUAACUUAUGCAAAAGAACUAUCUACAAGUUAAACACAUCUAUCAUCUGGGCAUAUUCUGUACCAACCUAAUUAAUUUCUCUAUUUCUUGCAAUUUAACAACCAAUGUGCCAGCAGAUGGGUAAAUUAAAAAGUAUUUUUAAUUUAAUUUAAUACAAUUUCAAUACAUUAUUUUGUGACAAUAUACAAUACAUAUAUAUUUUUGGUAUAAACAACGAUACACAGAAAAAUGCUGGCAUGAUGCAUUUAGUUUAAAAUUUAGAUUUAUUUUAAAAUAUAUAUAUUUUUUUCCCUUUCCAAUAAAUAUUCUAUAUAGAUUUAACAUUUUUUUUAAUUUUCUUUUUAUUAUUAAUUAUUUAUCUAAGAAAUAUAGUGAUAAUGACUAAACAGAAGGAGCAGCUGCAGACGGAUCUUUGCACCCUGUACCGCAGGGAAUAAAUAAGGGGCACAGAUGCUGUUAAGUGUAUAGUGUAUGCAAGGCCACCGAAUUUGCAUGUUGACCACAGGCCUGAAAGCUCUAUCCAUUUGUCCUAGAUUUAAUAAUAAGGUUUCAGAUUUCACAUGCUUUUCAUACUGAAAAUCCCCCAGCAGCAGUAGCAGCAGUUAAAUCAAGUGGCUAAUGGUGGGCGUAAGCAAGCACAGUCUUCAAUCAGCCUGCAAACUGCUUCAAUUCUGGCUUGUCCUGUUCUCCUGAUGGGUAAAUCUUUUUGGAAUAGCAAUAUUUUAAAGAUGUAGAAGGCACUGAUUCACCGUGGAUGAAGGCAGUAUAUGUAAAAAAAAAAUAUAAAUAAAUUCACCCAGACAAAGACAAAGUGGUCUUGUCAUUCUGAGAUAGCUUAAUGGUUAGUAUUCCAACUGCACUAAAUCUAAUAUUUGUUGCUGGUUCAGUUCCUGGACAGGUCCAUCUCAGUCGUUCAUACUUCUAAGAACAAUAAGACGACUACCCAAAUGCUGGGUAGUAGACCUAAGGACAUACAUGGAAUCCAUUAAAAGCUACAUGUCCUUUAUUUUAUAAAAAAAAAAAAAAAAUAUAUAUAUAUAUAUAUAUAUAUAUAUAAAUUAGUCAUUUAUUAAGUCUUUAAUGUUUUUCUAUUUUUUUCUAUUUAUUUUUUAAUUGUUUAAAAUAAUGUUCAGAUAAUUUUAAGCAAAGUACUCAUAAGCAAAAUUACUAGAAAUUAUUUUUUUAAUGUUUUUAUUGCAUUUAAUUUUAUUUAAAUUUUUUAUAAAAUAUAUAUGUAUAAUUUUUUUGAAUUAAAUUUUUUUUUAACUUUUUUUCUUUCUUCAGUCUUAAAGCAUGUUAGUCAGCGUGUCGACCCGUCAUCCCAGAGUAUCGCACUAUAGCAGAAUAAGAGUUGUCACAAACUUUUCAGUCCAGAUUAAAAAUGUUCCCCAUUAGAUAUACUUCCUUUUAGCCUAAGCACGCUGCGUGGCUUAUAGAACAAUGAUGUCGGAGUUCCCAGAUUGGUUUGGCAGUUCUAUUGUUCUCGGAGGGUAAACCAGACGCACUUAUGUCCCAGCCUUUUCCAUGGUCCUUUUGUUCACACCAAAUUAAUCUUUCACUGUGAUAGCAUUCAUGUUGGUAUGUUAUAGGAGUUGCAUCCUAGCAACCCUGGUUGCUGGGCAACACAGUUCCUAGUAGAUUUUUCUUGUUAAUAUACUUUAUUUUGUUGGAGGCACUCCGAAGGCUACACAUAUUAAAAUAACACAUUACUUAAGACGCAGUCAUAAUUGGUUUGAACCUUUAAUAAAAUGCACCUGCAGUAUUAAUCACAAUUAAGUGUUAUUGUUGUACUUCCCUUUUGUAGGGCGAUCUGGCUUUUUAAAUGUGAAGUUGAGAUGGGUUUGAUUAAUUUAAGAAACAAAGUAUUCUUUCCAUAUCCUUGGAUGCUUUCUUAUAUAGUGGCGUGUAAGAAAACCACACAAACAAUUCCAUCAAGUUUUUUGUAUAUAUAGUAUAUAUACACACACUCCAGUCCAGGGUGAUCUGUUAUAUGUUAUAGAUGUUUUAUCCUAGACUGAUUUCAUUGUUUGACUAUAUACAUACACUUGCAUAAUGUAUCACAUCAGGAAACCUAGUCAUAGUAUGUACAGUAUUCCUGUAGCUUGCACAGAUACUGAUAUACUAUGCCCCGCAGAAUUGUUUUACUUGCAGAAGUACCGGUAGAUGUUUCUAAUGAGUGGCUGUUUGAUAAAAUGUUCAUGAACUAUAUAAUGCCAUAUACAAUCUAGAAUAUAGCAUUGUAAUAGACUUAUGCUACCUGUAAUAUAUAUAUAUAUAAGUUUGUAACACUAUUUACUGGUUUACUUUGUACAGGGUGGGCCAAAAUUCAGAAUAGGGUUUGAGGAGUCAAUAACGUUUUUUAUUACUGAACCAUUUAUAAUAUCACAUGCAAUGAAUGCUUAAUGUAUGGAGAUUUGUUUGACCAGAUAAAGAAGAUGACAUCUUUUAAAUGAGCCUCAUUUGCCUGCUCGCAAAGAUGGGCGCUUUCAAUUGCAUUGUUCAUAACAUUAGUUUCAGGCUCGAUUUUCUGCACGGAUAUUCUGUUUGAGACGCUCAAGUGUACCAUUUUUUGCACAUACACCUGCUCCUUCAGAUAUCCCCACAGGAAGUAAUUGGAAGCUGAAAGGUCAGGCGAAUGUGGCGGCCAAUUAAUCCGGGAAUUUCUUGAAAUUAUCCGCUCGCUGAACAGUUGUUUCAGUUUUUUUUUAAAUGAAAUUAAAUUCCACUAUAUUUACUUUUUAUUCCUUCGUGAUAUUGCUCAUGAUGAAUCUCCCAAGACUCAGUUAUAAUAUGUACCUCCAACAAAAAAAUUGAACUACAAAUACGUUAUUUACCUGUCAAAUCCUACUCUGGAUUUUGGCCCACCCUUUAGUAGUAAUACAGUAUUUGUAACAUCUUUUUCCUAUAACAUUUACACUCCUUCGGCGCUGCCGCAACCUCCUCCUUGAGUGAUGUCAUCCUGGAGGCGUGCCGGGAUGCACCUGAGAUUCUGCCAUAGAGAUCAUUGAAUACAGUCAUUCUCUAUGGCCAACUGUGACAACGCUGAGGACAUACGCGUUUGGCGUGGUGGUAUGUAAUGGUGUUAGAACCAGGAAGUAAGAUUCCUGUCUCUCAUACCCAGGGGGUGGCUUCAAGCCCCACUUCCAAGCCAUUUAAUUAGUGUACUAUAGAGUUUUGGUGGGUAGGUGAAUUGGGGUGGGGAGGCAGACUGCUGGCACUAUGACGUCAUCAAUAAAAUUAAGUUGCUAAAGUGUCUAGUGUCCCUUUAACAAUGCGCAUCACUUUAUUUUUGCAAAUAUGUAUUCAGAGUACUCUCGGUUUCAGACCUUCAUGAUUUUUAAGGUUUAAGUGCAUUGCUUUAAUGCUUUCUGCAGUCUUUUCAUUUUCCAAGGUCAAUGCGCCCAACUGUACGCCGUGAAGAGCUAUCACUGACUCAGACUAACAAAUCUAAAAAACAGUACACUACUUCAGGGAAGGAAUUACAAAUCUUGCCAAAAAGAUUGCAAUUUAAACGGAUUGAUAGAGUAAAUUCAAUGUCUAAAUUGUGAGUUUAUAAAAAAAAUAUAAUUUUUUCCAGGACUAAAUUGUCUGUUCCUAAGAAUAUGCCUCUCAGUUCAUUGUAAUUAUCAUACUUCUGUCUUGUCCUUGAUUAAUCAGAUUUUCAAACAAAAUUAUGAGCAUGUCUGUAGGGAUUCCAUUAGAACUGAAUUAGAUCACAGAAAAAAUGGACAAGUCAUAGACAGAAAGUGAGUAGAAUGUUAACCAAUAUAUAAGAAAAUUCAGUUUCUAUUAGAAAUGGACUUGUAGAGUGUGCUAUUGCGUUAAAGGGAUCAGAGUCAGCUGAUCACUCUCUGCCAGUAAACUAAGCCAUGCACAGACAGAUUUCAGUGCAGAAAGCGUAUUGCACUGAAUGGUGUGACUGAUGCCUGGUGGACUCAAGUAGCAAACAGUUUGACUACUUAUAUUGGGGGGGUGAGGGCUCUCCUGGCACCAUAACCACUACAGUGUGCAAUAAUGAUGUUUGGAGUUUUCCUGUUAAGUACUGUUUAUCAGAUGCACACAGGUUUUUGUUGGUCUCCAAUAAGAAUUUCUGUCUUCUACAUGUCCAGCUUUAACUAUGUAGUAAUAUAUCUACGAGUCCGUUUUCUAUGUUUGAUGGACCAAAGAAACACAUAUGGUGCGUAUUCAGUUUUGUCUUUGACUUUUAGGAUAUUUAACUUUUAUAAAAUACUGUGUGGACAUUUUGUGUUUGGAUGUGUUGCCACUCUACCCAGGCAAUACCAUUCGGCCCAUAGCUGUGUUAUAUCGAUUAUUUAUUAGGGGUGGGCUGUUCUCAAAAAUUGCAUGUGUGCAUUGUAUGGCAUAGUACAAAUAUACUUAAUUGGUGUAUUUCACUGCUGUUAGUCAAAUAGCCAAUACCCUCUGAUAAGCAUUUUCCGAUGAACCAAUCAGAGGCCGGAAUAGUGGAAGUAUAGGAUCACGUCUUUAUUACAAUAGAGGAGAAGCAGUCCGAGCUGGUUCUGAGAGCAUACACAUUAAAAUCUUGACUAUAUACAUGAUAUCAGUGAAAGAGAAUUGAAAAAAAAAACAGAAGGGAAUUUUACCUUUUCGGACAUAGCAUUCACCAUUCUUUCUCUAUUCUCCAAACAGGAUAGUAGACUCUUUUAAAUGGGAGGAGUGUAUUAACGCCUACACACCUGCUGGCCUUGAAAACCUUAAUUAUACUGCUAAGCAUACACUUUUGCGACUAACCUUUCAGCAACUUUAACCGAUAUAUCUGUUUUUAUACUAGUUUACAUUUUAGCAUUGCAUAACUAUAUACCGGUAUAUAAUUAAGGCUCUUAACGUGAUAUUCAUUACAAUCCCUAUUCUUUUGCUAGCAAACAACUAUAUAGCCAGUUCCUCAAGCUCUGCUGAAAUGUUCUUUCAGAAUGUGACCUUGAGAUAGAACACUGGUUUGAUCGAGAAUUUACAGCAGGCUAAGGUUUAUUACAAGCUGGGAAACAAGGACAAUAGAUGUUUAGCAGAAAUACAAAAUUAAGUCUUGGGUACACAAUGGAAUGCCUGCUGUAUAGGAUUUUAAUUCUAUCAAUACCUCAUUUUAUUCUCUCAGAAUAAUAACACUGUAAAGCACUUAAUUAGGAAGGAUGAGAUGAGCAGGUUGAUGAGUCAUACGAUUAUGACUGGGAAGGCCAGCCGCUAAUAAUGGGCAUGCCCAUUAAUAGGAGGUGCUGUCUGUGGUCUCAUCCUAUUGGCUGGCUCAAGACCAACUGUAGGACGUAGUGCAACCUGGUAGAAGAUAGGCCAGUGGAAAUAGGUAAAAUGGUAUGGGAAUGGUCUUAAUAUAAGAUAUAUACGGUUAAUGAAGCUAGCCUUCCACACAAAGAAAAUACAUUUUAGUCAAAUAAUAAGAAAGAAGAGAGUUGGAGAAAACAACUUUGUAUGCUUGAAAAAAUGCCAAGGAACUCUGGAAAAAAGUGACAGCUGCGGAUAAAAUGGGGAUUAGUCAUUAACUCAUUAUCCACUCUUCUCUAAUGAUCAGAUGAACCUAGUAGUGUCUUGAGAUCCAUAUCGAAGAGAGUAGAAAGUCAUACCAAACGGAGGCCAUGCCGGCAAUGGCAGUGAGAUUAAGCUAUAUUGAUCAAUUGGAUAGUCGGUCAUUGUGAGAUCACCGUGUCCACAAUGUCCUUGCGGGACAUAUCACAUACAGGAGGUUUAGUAUCUACUUUGAGAGGUAUUAUACUGUUGGUUUUUUUUUUAGCAAAAGUUUGAGGCAGAACACUGGAAAGAGUGUUAUCCACUCUUCCCUAAUGAUCAGAUGAACCUCCAUUUUUCUUACAGUCUUCACUUUGGCAUUAAAUAAGCCCAUGCGAGGGUAGUGUCUUGAGAUCCAUAUCGAAGAGAGUAGAAAGUCAUACCAAACGGAGGCCAUGCCAACAAUGGCCGUGCUAUAUUGAUCAACUGGAUAGUCGGUCAUUGUGAGAUCACCGUGUCCACAAUGUCCUUGCGAGACAUAUCACAUACAGGAGGUUUAGUAUCUACUUUGAGAGGUACUAUACUGUUUUUUUUUUAGCAAAAGUUUGAGACAGAACACUUGAAAACAUAGAAGAAAUACAAGCAUACCACCAAAUAUUAACCCAUUCACAGUCAUCUUGUAAGGCUAUAGGUCAAAUCGAAGUACUUCAUGAAAAUUAUCAAUAUGCCCUUCUACCAGUCAUGGAUUGAGCAUUCCCUACCCACUUACACGAUACCCAAAACAAUUCUAUUUUAAAGCGCCAUCAUUCAAAUUUAGAAGUAAGCUUGUGAUAGUAAUGCUAAUGCAUUUUAAGUUACAAAAUGUUAUAUCAUAGAACACUCUUUUAAAUAUAAGACAGAGAGGCACACAUUCUACAUGAUAACUCUAUAAAGCACUUAAUUAGGAAGGGAUAAGGCAAAUGGGAUUAUUUAUAAACAGGGUCUAGAUUAUGUUCUAGAUGCAGGAUAAAAGGGGAUGAGUCGGUGUUUAGAGUACAUUAAAUGAACAAUCUGCCUUGUGCAUACAUCCUUUAAAAAGUAAAGUAGCAUUAUGUAUGCUAUAGUAGCAAUAUAAAAAUACUUCUGUUUUACUGUUCUUGUGUUUCUUAGCAGUUGUGCUAAUUAACAAUGCAAACACCACUUUUUUUUAACUUUCAUUCCCUAAACUUGUGUGACUUUUUGUUAGGCAGUCCUAACAAACAUUUAGAAAAAAAUAUUAUAUUUAACAAAUGGACUAUUUUCGAAAUCCUAAAUAAAAUAUGAAUGUGCCGGCUCAACGAUAUUGUCAAAGCCAAGAACAUAAAAAGAUUGUUACAUAAACACAUUCUGUUAGAUGUUGUUACACUCAUUUAACAACUAUAAUAAACAUUAAAAAAUGGAAGAUAAAAAUAGAUGGAAUGAUUCCUAAAAAUUCUGUCAGUAUAACAGCACUUUAUUUGCUAUAAUUGACGAAUCAAGAAUCAUAUAUAUCCGUUUAAUGACGUUACCUACAAAACGUCAACUCAUAGGAGGUAUUUGCCAUGAUGUUAAUUCUGCUCAUGUACAAAGCAGUUUUUCAGGGUGUUGAUAAAUGAUAGAAACUCUUUUCAAUCAACUGACCAAGCACUGUUGUCUGUUGAAUUUUAUAAAAGGAAAAUAUUGUUUGUUAAAGGGACAAUCUAAACACCAAUGUUAAUUAAUGUUAAUAAAGUGAUUUUGUAGCUUUUUGACGCAUUAAGCAAUGCACGAUUGUGACAUGUAUUUUACACCGUGAAUAAUUUAUCUUUUUUUUUUCUUCUCAGGAAUUCAGGUCCUUAUAUCACAGCUUCAGAAACAGUAAUAAAGUGUCACGUGGUGCAUGUAGCAACUUCAUGGGCUUAAAAGAUGAUUUUGAGAAUAGCCUCGGCCAUCUUUACGUGGAAAGCAGUGAAACUCACAUAAGUGCAAUUGUACCGUGGUCCAUUCUGCGGAAACCAACAAUGGAUAAAGUCAAUUCCAGGAAAGAAGACUCUGACAAAGACACUUCAGAAGAGACGGGUAGUUCCAGUGGUGAAUCGGAAGAAAGCACAAAUUCUGACAAUGAAGCUGAACUGUCCCAAAGACUUGCAGUGGAACCUUGUCGGAUCACAAAGGCACAUAGGCAACUAUGCCGAUCCCCUUGUAUUGAGCCAUACAUUCUAAAAAGGAAUGAGAUUUUGCAAGACCUUAAAACGGAAGAGGAUCUUACAGGGACUAAAGAGAUAAAGAAACCACCAGAUGUGGUGAAAGAAUACCAAACCAAACUGGAUUUUGCACUUAAAUUAGGCUACUCUGAAGAACAGGUGCUGCUUGUUCUGAACAAGUUGGGUACGAAAUCUUUAAUUAAUGACAUUUUGGGAGAGCUAGUCAAGCUUGGUAGUAAGAGUGAGAGUGAACAGAAUGGUGUUGCCAACAAUCCAGUGACAAGGGAAGCUUCAUCAUUUGAAUCUCAGCGACCAGAGUCCCCUUUUCACCAGGAGGUGAUAGAUGAUACUGAAAACCUAAGACCAAUUGUCAUUGAUGGCAGUAAUGUUGCAAUGAGGUGAGUACAUUGAUGACAGGACAUAAUGUGAAAAGAAUAAUAUAUGUCUGCCACCAUUUGGAUUUAAUGUAAUGUAUGAUAAUGUUUAAGUUUCUUAAUAGUAAAUGCUUAGAAACUGUUAUUUAAAACUCUACUUAACUGAUGCUGUCCCUCGCAGGUUCUGCCAAAUUCAAUCUUCAGCUCCUGGUGCUUCAACUACCAGUAGCCCGCUUCAGUGCGACACUGUCGCACAUGUGCAAGAGUACAGUAUUGAUAUUGAUAUCUAUGGAUGAUCCUGCAAAACUGCUGGAUCCACCACCGAUAUUGUCUUGUGAUGAACAAGACGCUACCUUAAUCCUACAGCCAUCAAUAUCAACAACUGGGAGAGUGACAAAACGUGACGGUGGUAGCUCUGCUUUUUUUUUUUAUUAUCAAGUUUUGUCAACUUGAGGAUAUCUUAUGCCUACAUAGUAAUUUUUAUGAACACUCCAACACAGUCUUUAUGAGCAUUACGUAAAGAUUUUAUUUUUACUUUUUAGGACUGAGUAGCUUUAACAUAUCAAGUUAAAAGAGAUCACUAUUUCCCAGGAUUUAUUUUUAUAUUAUGUUUACUAUUCUCCUAUAUUUAGCAAUUAUAUGAUUGUGAGCUCUGAAAAUAGAAUUAAAUGUAGAAACUCACUUCUCUUUAUCUUUCAGUUCGCCUUUUGGCUCCCUGUCAAUUAUCUUCACAAAUGUCCUUUUUCUGCGAUUCACCAUAGUUAUUGGAAGAGCUGAAACAGAAACAUGGUUUCAGUGUUUCUCCUCAUUUGCAUUGUGUGCCUUUGCUGUGCCCUUGCAGUAUGAGAUCACUUGCUCAGUCUUUUAAUUUGACUUUCAAUGUUUUAUUUAAUGAUGUAAUUUUCAGAGAAGUAACAGUUCCCCAUUAAUGAAAGGAACAGUCCUUGUUAGGUAUGCUGACCAAUAGAACUCUGUCUGUGAGGGUCUUAGAGGACCUUUUCAUCAACAAUUCAACCAAUGAUCAUGUUAAAAUGUAAAAUAGCAUUAUAUGGACUGACCACAGUUAAGAGUUUAGCAAGAACUGUCUGUGUAGAAAUAUGGGAGAAGCGACUAGUUUUGCUGCUAUUUAUGAGAUAGGUCAUUUGAAAGUAGUCCAGCACCAUUAAAGAGCAAUUAAAAUGAACUGAUGAUUAAUAUUGGAAUAACAUUCAGUUGUUUAUUCGCUAAACAGUGACUUGUAUAAUCGUCUUCAGAGUUUGUUUAUAGAAAUGUAUAUAACAUCCUAAUUAUUUAGCAUAAGCAGUUGUAUAGAGUAUACUGAAUAAUUGGGACUUUCGAUGUCUGAGUGUGUAUAAGAUGGCUCAAUUAGGAUGAUAUAGACUGAAUUUGGUCCAUAUAUGGGAUUACAUACGUGAUCAUAUUUAGGCUCAGCUGAUUAAAGCAGAAUUUAAUGUAUGUGUGUGUGUAUAUAUAUAUAUAUAUAUAUAUAUAUAUACAUGCUGUCCUGAGGAAACUCCUGAUCGGGGACUGAAACGUUAACUCUAGCAUCAAGUCUAUUGUUUUUUAACUAUGAAAUAUUGAAAGCCAUGUUUUAGAAGACCAUGAGUAUCUUUUCUACUUGGUAUACAAUUGUGACUACGGUCUGGCACCUAUCACCAUGUGAAGUCAGCCUGAGAGCAAGGAUCCUUUAGAUUUAUACAUAUAUAUGUUAUAAAUGUGUGUGUGUGUGUGUAUACAUAUGACAGGACAUAUAUAUUGAGAGAGAGAGAGAGAGAGAGAGAGACAGAGUAGUGCUACUGUACUUCUUAUGCAUAAAGUAGAGUUGAUUAAAGUGCUAAUGACAUUUUUCUUCAAAAGCUGUUUGAUGUUCCAAAGUGAUAAUUGCAGCAAGAGUGUUAGAGAUGGGAUAUGAUGUACGUUUUAUAAGCCAGUCACGUUGAUUUUUAUAUUAGCAAACUAAAAUUCCCUUGUCUGAAGUUUAAUUUGUAUUAUUUAUUUAUUUUACUGUAGAAGCUCUUAUUUUUCUUUGGACUCUAAUUGCAUGAAAAUAAAGGAGAUGCAGCAGGGGCAAGUGAACUUAGGCUGAGCUGUAGUGAUUAUGUUGCGCCAUCAAAAUACAAUUAUAUUUUUUUAUCGAGUGUUUUGUUGCGUUCGGCUGGCCCACGUCAUCGGGUCAUUGCUUAGAGAGGCACUGUAAACGUAUAAAAACUAACAGAUAAAGCUCCAGUCAACAUAGUGAACCCUGGUAAGCAAAAGCUCCUGUUCAGGCUCCCAGAAACACUAUAGUGGUAAAUAGAAAUGUAGUGGUGAGAUCUGCAAUAAUGACCUGUUUAAGAGUUUUGGAGAACAGCUGUUCUAUAGUGCUCUUUGGUGACCUCCCACUUACAGUUCUAACAGAGAGAAGAACUGGUGGCCAAGAUGCUGGGGAGUGUAUUGCUCUAUGAUAGUCCCUCAUAGAGACACAAAACUCACCUUUCUUCCUUCGGGGACUAGAGAAUAUUCCUACAGAGACUGGCAUUGUUGGCCAUGCCACCAGCAGAGGUUGCUGCCCACAGUGAAUUAUCACCGGAAACACAAUUGCCAUGUCCCAGUUGAUCCACUUAGGAAUGCAGACCAUAAGCAGUAAACCGCUGUUCUUGUUAGAAUAUAGGGGACACCUAUGUCGUCAAUCUACUAUGAUACCUGCCCAGUUAUAAUAUAUUUCCCACUUAUUCCUACUCAUAAUCAGAACUUUGUCUAUAGUAUUGCUGCAGAUUGGCUUUAUGCAAUUACAUGAGUUUUGUUUAUUUUUGUUUGUUUGUUUUUGUUUUUUGGUGUUGCUGCUCCUUAUCUAUAAUUUUCGUAUAGUUCUCAUAACAUUAAAAUGAUGUAUACCUUAUGUACAAACUCCAAUGAAAUGCAAAUUUUGUAAAAUUCAUAUAUAAAAAGAGCACAGUUUUACAGAUGAGCCAAAAAUGUGCUUAGGGGAAAGCAUUCUGUGUCCAUUUUUUUCCAUGCAUGUCACGUGCAGAUUUUGUACCUGUGUCAUGCCAUCCUGGACUGUUCCUAAUACCUAAUAGGUCUUAGAGAGCUUUUGCUAAUUUGCCAUGCAAAUUAUUCCUUAUAUAAAAACACCCACGACCAUCGAUAAGAGGUGUUUUUAGCUGAGAAUACACAGUGAAAGGUUUAGUUAUUUCACAUUGUGUUAAAUUAAACAUGUAUUUUUGCCUCAAUUAUCCCUCUCUGCUUGGUACAGAAAUGGGAGUGUUAAGUAUUCACUGGUAUAAUUGGCCAAAUUCUAAUAGAAUUUCUGUUGUAGAUGAGAAAUCAUUAGCUACAAAUUGUGCUUGUAAUUUCCUUUUCAUCUACUGAACUACUAAAGGUGGUAUGAUUACAAGAACUGGAUGAAAGCUUUUGACUACCUGGCACAAUUUAGAUAUGCGGUGUCCUUCAUGCCUCCACAAUAUAAACAAGCAUGCUGGGAAAAGUUCUAAGUUCAAUCAGCCAGCUCUACUCCUGUAAAUUUCAUUUCAUGUUAUCAUGGAAUGGAGCAUUGACGAAAACUCUGUUCUAGAGUAGGGUAUGAAUAAUGAAACUAUUCCGGAUUCUGUAUAUAAUGGUACUCACACUAACCCUCCUAUAGAGCGGUUUAUUCUAGAACAAGGAAAUCAGAUGGUCUGUGUUUUUGACCGGAGCAUCCCGCAAAUUAAUAUGGCUGGGUUGUUGUUGUUUUUUGUGUUUGUUUUGUUUACUUUUUUGUUUUUUCAGACCAAAUUAAUUUGAUUAAAAUGGUGUCAGCUUGAUAAAUAUUUGACAUCUCGACCAGAUUACUAUCAAUUGUUCCAGAGAUUGCUUACCUUUUCACCCUAGAUAAUUUCCUAUGAUGCUGAAAUGUCCAAUCUAGAUUGUAUUGGAGGAAUACUUUUUCAUUUUCUUCAGCUAAUCUUGUCUGUUCUUUUCCUACAGUCAUGGUAAUAAAGAAGUAUUUUCCUGCCGUGGGAUCAAAUUAGCUGUCAGCUGGUUCUUGGAAAGAGGCCAUAAGGAUGUUACAGUGUUUGUGCCUGCAUGGAGGAAAGAGCAGUCCCGGCCAGAUGCCCUCAUUACAGGCGAGUUGCAGAGGAAAUGUUAACAUUGUCUUCUUGUUCAAACCCUUGUGUAAAAGUAUUGACACAAGAUGUUCCAAAUGAAUUAGUCUCUGUUGUGUGUCAUUUAAACAACUUUAAACAACUCUGUUUAAUACAUUAUUCCCAAAAAAUAAAUAUAGCUAUAAUAGUCACUUAAAGACCUGAGAUGUUUUACCAUGGAGGUGGCCAUUCUACAAAAUGUUCAAAACAUAAGCAACCCAUCAAAAGUAGAGAUUUGUUUCACUGUGUGAAAUAAUUAACCUUUAAAAAAGUGGGAAAGCAACAUAUUGUUCAGCUAUCUAGAGGCUUUGCUAAGUAUACCCAUCAUUGCAACAGACUACACUCAUUAAACAUAAACGUAUUCAUAGUUACUCAGAAGAAUUGUAGGGAUUCCUUGUUUGUUUGUUUAUCCUCUGAAUAGUUUUGUAGUUUAUAUUGGGUCUUAAAACAAUUCUAACAUGUUGUCCUCCUCCACCCUCUCUACCCCUAAGAUCUUAAAAUUCUGAAAGUAGUAGUUAUCUUUUAAAAUGAUGAUGAGAGCAUGGAAAGUUGAUCUUGUCACCGUUAUCCAGGAUUGUAAAACUGGAAAGGGAGGGUCACGUAAUGAACAACUAGCAAUCAAAGUUGCUCUCUACUCCACUCUACUCCCCCUGUCUUCUUUCCUCCGUCAACCCACCAUUUUUGUAAAAAUAAUUUUGCUUCUCUUAUUUACUGCUUUUGAUCUUCUUUGUUUAGACCAGUGUACUGGUUAUAGUUCCAGGAGUCCUAUUGUGCCAUCCAAUAAUUUGUAUAGAUGGUGUUGCACUUACCUCGGUCCUCCAGGCAUGCAAGGUCCAACCUCUCUUCACAGAUAUUGUUAAUUCAGUAGAUCCAACACCUGCAAAUUUGAUUUUAGUUCUGUCCUUCUUUGAACAUUUGAACAUAAUUCAGCUGACCACAGCCAGUAAAUUCCAUCCAGACUUGGGCAAAAUUGAUAUUGCCAAAGCAGAAGAGGAACUUCGACUUUCCACUUUAAUGACAUCUCUGAAGAGAGGCCAGACGACAGGACGCCUGGGUAACCCAGGCUAGUUUAAAUUGCAAGGGGAUAACUGGGAUGACACAAGUGGCUAGCUUCACUAGUGUAAACAAGCAUCUCAAAAGCAUGUCAUCCAGAUGUUGCUGCGCUACAACUACCAUAAAUCUCUCUCUAUCCAUGCUUGUAGGCCAUAAAAAUCUGGUGGGCUUGUUAGGUGCAGAAUUUGAGAUUUUGGAGCUUGAAUCUGCACAUUUUAAUAGCAUUGCUUAUAAAAUGACCAACUGGUAGGACAGCUAUUGAAUGCAAGUUUUACUUUUUUCAAGGCUACAUUAAAACACCUCUAUGAGAUGAAAAAUUAAAUGAAUGAAAGUAUUUCGGUAUACCACUUCGCGAUAUUGCGUUAAGAAUACUUCUUGUGUAUCUUGAACUGAGCGUUGGUAUGUUGAUAAUCCUUUGUAUGUACAGAAGGAUAUUUAAUAUAUCUUUUAAAUCGCUCUAUAAACUAUCAGAAUAUCUUGUAACACUAUACUUUGUUUUAUCACAAUUUUGUUACAGAUCAGGAAAUCUUACGGAAGUUGGAGAAGGAAAAAAUCCUGGUGUUUACCCCGUCUCGGCGUGUACAAGGUAGAAGGGUGGUGUGUUAUGAUGAUCGUUUUAUAGUGAAGCUGGCAUUUGAAUCAGAAGGAAUCAUUGUGUCAAAUGACAACUAUAGGGAUUUGGCCAAUGAGAAACCUGAAUGGAAGAAAUUCAUUGAUGAGAGGUUGCUAAUGUAUUCAUUUGUCAACGACAAGUAAGUAACAUAUGUUCCAUUAGGAAUGAGGGGACAAUAUUUUUCUGUACUAUACCAUACAUAAACACAUUUCACAAAGAAAGGCAAAAGCAAUAAUUUAAAAUUGAAAGCUUGGUGCUUUUAAUAAAUAUGGGUCAGUGUGGGAGGUCUGUAUAUGUGAUCCUACUGUGGUACUACUUGGAUCAGAGAAAGUCUGUAUUUGCAACAGAAUUAAUUUAAUUGCACAGACUUAUGAGGGCGCACUCAAAGAAGUCUUUGUUGAUGGGAUACAGACGUUUUGCUCCCUACAUAAAAAACAAACAAACUUGGAAACAACUUGGAAACAUCCCCUAGCCCUGAUGGAGAAGUUAAUGUCAUGAAGAGGGACAGGAAUUAUUUGAUUAAAAUAUAUGGAGAUGAGAAUCGACUGUGGAAGAUUUGGUAUAUGUUAAGGGAGACAAAAUAGUUUUGACAGAUGUGUGUAGAGAAUAAAACAAAGGAUGGGAAAAAGUAUUGAGACUGUUGGUGUAGGAGAAACAGUGGAGAAAGUCUAGUACAGAGAGUGAAAUAAAGAACCUUGUGUAGAGAAAGACAGGCUAGAAAAAUAAAAUAAGAGUAAGGGAGAGAAUACAGUGUGAGCCGAUAGAUGGGGAAAAGAGGUGGUGAGAAAUAUGUGGGGCAUCAAAUCUAAAUUUUCUCCCAAGGGAAUAAAAAACUUGGAUCCACUCUGCAAUAGCUCCUUAGUUAUUUUCUAGUUAUAUUGCCAUGUGCUCAGUAAGGAGAAAGCUAAAAUUUGAAUUGUCAUGAAACAGCAGAUACAUUUCUCAUGGACGUCAUGGUGAUAUUUUUUAAUUUGAAUUUAUAUUAUCGACAUUGGCUCUUGUUCCCACUUUUUACUCAUGAUUCCAAUUUCAAAAACAUAUAUUACAAUCACAGAUAUAGUAAUUGACUAUAUAUAGAUUCAUCCAUAGUCAUAAAAGCAGUCAGAGAAGAUUUCACUAGGCUGUUUGUUUAGAAUCUAGAUCAGUAGCCCCAUUGCUAGUUUGCUCUUCUGGAACUAGCAGUACUUGUGACGCAGAGGAACGAAAAAUCAUCUGAAAUAUAUCUAGAGAUUAUGAGAAACUGUUUCUCUUUUGUAGGUUUAUGCCACCAGAUGAUCCAUUGGGGCGCCAUGGACCAAGCUUGGACAACUUUUUAAGGAAGAAACCCAUAGUUCCAGAAUAUAAGAAACAGCCUUGUCCAUAUGGUAAAUUAUAUUUCGUUUUAUUUAAAGAUAAUGGAUAAUUUUAUUUUAUGUCUUUUGAUAUUAAACAUGUUGUAAAUAUAAUCUGGAAUCAUACUCCUUUAACCCCUUAAGGACCAAACUUCUGGAAUAAAAGGGAAUCAUGACAUGUUACACAUGUCAUGUGUCCUUAAGGGGUUAUUAAAGACACCUUAAAAUUUCAAGUUUGCGAUAAUAUUUAAAAAUAAGUACUGGAUACACUUUUGACAUCAUAACCCCAAUCACAGUUUUGUCGCUAUCUGCUUUAGGAAGCAUUAGUUUACUAGGGAACAUGCUAGAUUUUACCUUCAGCCACUGGGUUUAAAGGCACACUAUUCUAACCCAGACCACUUCAUAUCAUUGAAGUGGUCUGGGUGCACUGUCCCUAUCCCCGAUAGUCCUGCAAUGUAAAACAUUGUAGUUUUAGCCCUUGCAGCUCUAAGACUGCCUCUUGUGACUGUCUAUCAGGCAGCCACUAAAGGCACUUCCUGGGGUCUAGCAGACUCUGAGUCCCUUAAACAACGCUGGACAUCAUCACGCUCUGCAUGAGGACAUCCAGCAUCCCUGAAGUCCCCGUAGGAGAGCAUUGAGAUAAUUAUUUUCUAUAGGGAGGGCCUAAUGUGCUUGCAGCGCAUGUGUAUUAGGUGCCCCUGUCAGAGGAGGCAAGUGGGGAGGACCAGAGGUCACUAUAGUGUUAGGAAUUCAGACUUGUAUAUAAUACCUUUAAUAGUUGGGCUCUGGGUGAAGCAACAGCUAGUUGUCCUACUGUACAUCACUUGUUCAAUAUAUGCAUGACCUAUUGCCAAGGUAAAAGAUAAGAUAAAAUGAAGCAUAAGAUAUGAUGAGCUUUGGCAUCACCAACCAAUAAGUGCACAACUGGAAUUUAAGUAGUAAUAGUACCAAGGCAGAAGGUGGGUUUGUCUAGAUAUUAAGAUAGUUGAUUCUCCUUACAAAGAUAGAAUAGAAAUCUAGCAUGCAGGCAGGAAUGUUUUUAAAUUUAACUUAUUUUUUUUAUAUUUUCUUACAGGAAAGAAAUGCACCUAUGGGCACAAGUGCAAAUAUUAUCACCCAGAAAGAGGUAACCAGCCACAGAGGUCUGUAGCUGAUGAACUCCGUGCCAUGUCUAGAAGCACGAUAGCCAAAACUGCAGGCGAAAUAGGACUUGUGAAAAGUAACAGUGUUCCUUCAAAUACCAAGAUUGACAGUAGCUUUGACAUGAAGCGUUCAACUCCAAAGAGGCAAUCUGAUCCAAGUAUACGGACUCAAACUUAUGAGAUAGAGGAAAAGCUUGCAACCAAAAAUAAGUUUGAAAGCAGAUCUGUGCCAUCUUUAGUUAGUAUGUCAAAUGUGAAACCUCAGAGUAUAACCUCUUCAAGCAAUGGGCUUCUCUCUGUUGUUCAUUUGCCAACACAGGAUACAGCACCCCCUGGACUUUACUCUCCAAUGCUGAUGUCAACAAAGAAUCAUGGAACCAUCCCAUGUGACCAAUACCCCAAAUGUGAGUCUCCUGUCGAUGCAGGAUACUACUCAAUGAUGAAUGCUUAUUCAAACCUCAGUAUUGCUGGAACACGAAGUCCAGAAAGGCGUUUCUCUUUGGAUACAGAUUACAGGAUUAGUUCUGUUGCCUCCGACUGCAGCAGCGAGGGCAGUGUGAGCUGCGGAAGCAGUGGCGAUUCAUAUGCAGGUUAUAAUGAUCGUUCCUAUGUCAGUUCUCCCGAUCCCCAACUAGAGGAAAAUGUAAAAUGUCAGCACAUGCACCAGCACAAUCGUUCCUGCUCUCAAGCCUUGUUUCAGGGCUAUCAUGAUUCCUUAACACGGGUUCAAAGCUUUGGGCAUGACCAGGAACCAAAGCAUCACCACAAACCACACCCUCCAUAUAUGUCAGGGCCUCUUCCUCUUCAACACCACACUGUUGCAGCUCGUUCAAGUUGCCCAAAUGAGUAUCAUAUUUCUCCAAAUUCCCCUGUUUCCAAAAAUGUGAUUAUGGGCCGUUCUUUAGUGUCCACGAGAAUGGAGAGCAUUUCUGAUUCACGUCUGUAUGAAUGCCCUCCAAUGCGACAUCAUAAGCUCUACGCUAGCCAGGAAAGCCCUGGAAGCUGGGAUAGGCCUAAUUACAGUGUUGACCCUUAUGGAUAUCGUCAGACAUACCCAGUGCCUGGCACUUCAUCACAACCAUGCUAUGAGCAGUUUGCUUUCCAAAGUCCACCAGAGCAUCAAGACCAAUCUUGGAGAAUACCUUAUUGUGGAAUCUCACCAGAGCCUCCAAGAUAUCAGGGCACUAGAGAAAAGGUUUUUAUAAAUUUAUGUAACAUCUUCCCUGCCGAACUUGUGCGAAUUGUUAUGAAAAGAAAUCCGCACGUCAUAGACGCCCAGCAGCUUGCGGCAGCCAUCUUAGUGGAGAAAUCCCAGUAUGGAUAUUAA